UCAUGCUACUUACAAUCCCACCACUAUAUAUUUCAGUUGUGUCAAAGCGUGUCACAUGGUCAUAGGAAAAUAUGAAUCAUAAUCGGUUAUGAUCAUAGAGCGCGCGCCGGAGGACGCAACAGGUCGCGCGUACAGUACAGCUGUACUUUCCGCGUGCAUCUGCUGACGUAAUUGUGACAUUUGUACGCGCAAAAUUACAAAGUAUAUCGCAAUUUUUAUUAAACAUAUUUAUGUCUUGACGUGAUUAUUAAUGUAAUAUCAAAGUCUGGAGUUUUCGGGCAGUGAUUUUUUCGCGCGUGUGUGAUUAUUGUGUGCGUAAAAGCCAAAUUAUGAACCGCAAUUCUGUUGCGCGCGCUGAUGUGCGUUGGCUUUCUAAAAUAAAUACAAAGGCACAAUGUUGUUUUUAAACAUCACCCGAAAACAAAACCUCUCAGAUUAGACAAAGACAUUUAGAAAGGGCUUUAUUAAUAGAUGUAAUUGAUCACGUUCAAAUGAGAAUCUACGUAGGCCCUUUCAAGUUAUACUACAGAACAAAAGACAGGCCUGUUGUUUUUUAGCUGCACGUUUUUGCCUCUCCCUUAAAGCAGCUGAGAACAAGACAUUAGGUAGAGAAAAUGUACAUCAUGACAGUGAUGAAUAAAUCAUCUGGUCAUUCUGUUUCAAGUUACCAUGAAGAUACAUUAUAAAUGUCAUUCCCUGUUCACUUCUGUAUCUCGCUCUUAUCUGCUAUUUUAUAAAUUGCAUAUUUUUUCCGUGGCUAACAUUUAAAAAGGUUCAGAGGAGCGCUUUAAAACUUAGGGCAUGUAAGGGAAAGGAGGGGUAUGUGCAUGAGUAGGUGGUGUUCUCUGCGUUAUUUGAAUGCGAAUGGAGACGGAGAACAAGCUGAGACUGUUUUGGAGCGAAAAAAGGGGAAAAGGGAGGAGGAGAGUUGUCCUUGGAUUGUAGUUGCACUGAAUAGACACCGAUCAGUUUGCCAAGUACUUGGUCCACUUCUGAGACAUUGCUCAUGUAUGCACUUGCUAUUUAGUCUCUUGUGUCCUACACAAACGAUACAUGGAUUUCUGUGAUCGCAUCUCAGAAGGGAUUUUACAUUUGAAUUUAGGUCCAAUAGAACCAAUUCUAAUUCAACCCAUGGGCCAAUUAGCCAUUGACUUUCCCCUGCAUCAUGUCACGCCGGAAACAGAAAAGACCUCAGCAUUUUCUCAGCGCCAUCCUCGGCACGUCACGGCUACUUCAACGUGAGGAGCAGUUGGCAUUGAAGUCCCUCACCUCUACUCUUGUGAACAACUCUUCCUGCUCUUCCUCAUCCUCUACAACACAAAGCUGCCAAUCUUCCCUGGGCCUAAACCCGUCUGUAGAGAGACUCACAACACCCACCCUGCCCACAGCUAGCCACUCUAUCUCUCACAUUUCCUGCCACCUGUCUCACCUUGCACUUAUCCCCGACAUCCCACAAUCCCACUCUUCUAGCCAUUCUGCCAAUCAGUGUAUAUCCACCAUUCCAUCAACAGUGCCCUCCACCCCCAACCACAUUCCCAUACUCAUGGCUUCUCCAAAGUUAGGCGUUUCAGUUACCACAUCCUCUUCAUCUUCCUCCUCUGCUGUUUCCCUCUGUGUGCCUCCACAUCCUAGAAGCCCUAGUCCCAUGCCCGCAGGUCCACCAAGCCCAGUUACGCCCUCCGCCAGCCCAAACUCAGCCCCUCCAACCCCAGCAUGUACACCUGUCAGCAUUGCUGUUAUCCUCGAGGAGUUGCGUGUGCUCCAGCAGAGACAAAUUCAUCAGAUGCAGAUGACUGAAGAGAUCUGUAGACAGGUAUUGAGACUGGGAGGAGCGUCAUGCGAAAUGGAUUCAACGCCAUUCAUGCUAGCACCUCUGCCACAACUCUGUUUGAAAGGUUCUGAUAGCAACCCCACGCACUCUCGGCCAAACCCCUCACCUCCCGCUUCCUCCGUGGCUCCACUUUUGGCAUGUUUCUCAUCCCUGCUUCCCCCUCAGACAACCUUUAAGUCCUCUAAAAAUACCCACCCACUUUUGAAUGUCUUGCGCCCCCAUAAGACACAAGGUGACAGUGGAGUUAUCAACCCAGCAAACUUCACCAGUCAUGCAAGCGCUCACUCCUCCACAUCCUCAUCAAUGUCCACCCCUAUUGCUUCAAACAUCCCACUCGCUCUUUCCCUUGGCCUUCCAGCCCAAAAUUCAUAUGAGAAAUCAUCUAACAUCUCAGGAGUCAGUGGGCAGAGUAGUCUGACCUUCCCAAACCAGGCUCUGACAGCAGCUGCUGCCCAUUCAGCUCCCACACAGGAUACAAAACUGUCCGCGCAAGAUGGUGCAGCGCCUAUGCGGCAUGCGUGUCGUUUUUGUCGAAAGCUCUUCAGCAGCGAUUCAUCCCUCCAGAUACACUUGCGCUCACACACUGGGGAACGUCCUUAUCAGUGCCCUGUAUGUUUCAGUCGUUUUACAACACGAGGAAAUCUUAAGGUACACUUCCUGCGGCACCGUGAGCAAAACCCUGAACUCUCCUUUUCUCUGUUCCCAUGCUCCCUCUUUGCAUCUGUGACAGGUGGAUCAAUGGGAGGAUCAUCACAAGCUCAAACUACCAAAAUGAAUGCUGCUCAUAAACAGCAAGCAGGGGAUGAUCUUUGUGGUGAAGGGCCUGAGGGUGCUGCUACCUCACAACACACUACAGCCUCAUCUCUGCCUCUGCCUGCAAGCAUCGACUUGGCUCUGCUGACCACUGCUCACUCUCUCCUUCAGCUCAAUCGUGCAUCUGCCGCUGUAGCCUCUACAUCAUCUGCCUCUUUACUCACACCCGCAACAUCUUCCUCUCUCGCCUCUACCCUUCUGUCGGCUCCACCCUCAUCCACCUUCUCUAUCGCCGGGGUGUAUAAAGGAGUAAAGCAACAGCACUUUGAUGAGAACACCCCUCCAAUUCCUACAUUGCUCCCCCAUUCUGCCUAUUCACAGCUGGCCAAUCUACCCAAACUCUUUUUCCCAGCAUCUUCCACCCAUCACCAACCAGGCCACGGGUUCCUCAGGCCCACAACCACAACAGGAUCCUUCAUGUCAACCACACAGCAACACAUCUCAUUCCCUUUAACAGCUUCUUCCACUGCCACAUCCAUCACCACCCCAACUUCAGACACGUCAAAGCUGCAGAGAUUGGUGGAGAAGUUAGAAAAAGAACCACGUGGUCAGUCGCACUGGGUAACAUCUACUGGUGAGACUUCGACCAGCAGCGUAAGUGGAGCAUUAAGCUAUAGCAGCAGUAGUUUAAUGAGUACAGGUACAUUCAGUACAAAUGUGGUCACCUCCCUUCCAUCAUCUACAAUGCAGAUCCCAUCAUCCCUCUUCAGCAAGCAGUCACCUUAUCUAGGACUCAUGAAUUCUGCUGGAGCACUUGCUCCUAAUCAGUGUAGCGUGUGCCUUCGGGUGCUAAGUUGCCCAAGAGCGCUACGUUUGCACCAGGCAACCCAUUUGGGAGAGCGUCCCUUCCCCUGCAAGCUCUGUGGUCGCUCCUUCUCAACCAAAGGGAGCCUUCGAGCGCACCUGGCCACCCAUCGUGCACGCCCACCAAACAGUCGUGCCCAAAAUUCUUGCCCAUUAUGCCAGAGGAAGUUCACCAAUGCCCUCGUUCUGCAACAUCACAUACGCAUGCAUUUAGGAGGCCAGCUACCACCAGAGAAUCUGCCUGAUACUUCAACACAACGUGAUAGUUUGCCCAAGUCCCAGUCUGCUGAGCCCCCUGCUUCAGAGACCAGCUCUAGCACUACUGAUGUUCAGUUAUCACAUACAAUGUCAGAUUCCAGAUGCUCCUUCAGUAGUCAUUCUGAUCUUCUUGCUGUCAGUACUGCUCCCACAAUAUGCCCCAUAACCUCCAGCCUACCUGGUUCGUUUAGCCCGGGUCUUUUUGAUCUAAACCUUGACCUCUACACAAUCCCAACUACACAUUCCCCUCCAACAAGCAUAGCCGAUGCCCCAGAUCUCUUUGUCAGCGUAGCUUCUCCCGUAGACUCUGCUGCCUCCAUUGUCCCUCCAAUCUCAACAACAUCAGAUCCACCUGCCACUGGUGAACCAUCUUUUGAACUUUCCAGCAACAUUGCCUGCUUGGGAGAAAAGAAAAAGUCCAGCUCCUCUGCUUCCGUAAAAGCCGGCGCACACAAAGACGACUGUGAAUUUAGGAGUGAAAAUAGACUGCCUAUUCCUUGCAUUGGAUCAAGGUCUAACUUGGAGGAUCUCCUAAGUGUUCAAACUGAUAAAGAGCCAAGAGUACCUCGGCUACAUCCAGCAUCAACACUGCCUUCUCUUCUUCCAUUCAGCACUGAGAGUCUGUCCUCUCACACACUGAGCCUAGUGGAGCCUGACCUUGUCCAAACAUCCGAAUCACUCUCUCAAGACUUCAGUAAGGAAGAAAAGAUGGAUGACAGAAUACAUAAAACACCAAAGACUGCUCAAAGGGCAACUCCAGAUCUGAGUAGUAAUGUGAAUGUAGUAUCAGACACUUUAGACAACACGAGUGAAGAUGUAUCUGAGACUACGCCCAAAGAGCCUGAGGCAAAGAUACAGAGGACAACAAAGGAAGGUCACUGUAGUUCAAUUGCAAAUGAUGAAGUUGAGGUUAAAGACACAAUGGCAACUGAAAAAGAGAGCGCCGAACCAGCGGUGUGCAUGUCACUGGCUCCUAGUCUUCCACCUCCCAUGCCAGAGAGAAAAACCUACCACUGCUCUGAAUGUGGAAAAGAGUAUGCAAGUCGCAGUGGAUUGAAGGGACAUAUGAAGCACCACGGAGGAGCUGUGAGGGCACAUCGAGCUCUUGCGAGAACGAAGGGCCCGGAUAGAGUGUCACAAACACAUCAUUCGACUCAUCUGCCAUCAGAGCACCAGUGAGUUUCUUCAGCCGGUACCAUGCUCUUCUGAACAACAGCAACUGUCAAACAGCUCUCCACAGAACUAAAGGUUGAGACGAAUGUAAUAGAUUCAAGAAACGGGAACUAAAAACAAUAUGUCAUACAUCUAAUGUACACGCCGUAACUCAAUUCUUGGAACAUUAUGUGUAACUAUAUCUUGCAGUACAUUCCUGAACACGACGUGUUGUUCUUUUUGAUGACAAAAAUACUUACGAUUGUUAUGAUGGUUUUGUUUGUUUAUUUUCAAAGGUAAGAUGUGGCGGUGGCUAGUAGUUUCGAAAUAGCUUUAGGUGAGGAACAGAAUGUCGCUCAAAUCUCAUAUACUUGCUGUGUUACACCAGAUUUGGCCUUGGUGACGUCAGUGUGUCUCAUGAACAAAUAUGUGAAGUAGGUUUAAUACUGUAUGUGAAUGAGCUACAGCACCACGGAUGCUCUGUUCCUCAGAAUAAGAUAAAAUAGUUCUGUUACAUUAAACCGUUUUACAAAUACAUGCAGGGAUUUUAAUCCAGCUCAGUAAAAGGAUAGUAAAAUUGUUCUAAAGGUGCAGAAAAUGUUUUAACCAAUAGUUCAAGCGCUCACCAAUUCCUAUUAUAAAACUAAAUGUAUUGGCACGAUCAGGAAGAUUUAGACGAUGCCAAAUUGUAGCUGGAAGCUACAAGCAAAAUUGCUUUCCUGGAUCAAACCUUCAAGGGUUAGGGUUAACCGGUCAUUAGACUGCAUGGUGAAUAUUCAAAACUCCUCAUUGUCAUUGUUAAAAUUACUUGGAAUCCAUGUUGAAAUGUUACUUGUACUACAUCUUCAGGCUUCUUGGAGUUAGGAAUAAUUGGAUAGGUACUAAGAUGAGGAAAAAACACUAAAAGACAUCAAACUGUAAAUAUGACUUGUCAGCUUUGUCUAUUGUGUCCAUGUUUGUCCUGUCCAGCUGUACAGUACUACAUAAUAAUCUGCUCUUGACGUCAACUUGACCAAAGAGUCAGUUGAGUUUAACAAGCCUGUAUGUGUAAGCUCUUGUAACUUGAAUAUUGUUAGUGUAACUAUUGAAGAUGAUGAUUUUGAGAUCUAGCGUUAAAGGUGGAAAUGUUCGUUUAUAUAGUGAUGUUUGUUUUCGGUUUUUUUUAUGCCUGGACAAUUUACAGAAAAGAAUACCCUACAUGUAUUUUCCAUAGAUAUGGUGAACGAGUCUCACUGUCAGUUGUAAGUUCAUGGUCCAAAAAAAGUAAAUAAAAGUCAGUGUAUUCAGAAUAACUGGAAUAUGUCAUUAU